AUGCUGCAGGAGCCUCGGGAUGCAGAGGCAUCGGGGAUGCCAGGACACGCAAAAGGGGAGUGCGUCGGGAAGGCCACCCUCCUCCCACGCUGCAGACCACCCCGCCUUCCCGAGCCUGGUCUCCCUAGCCCUUCCCAAGCGCCCCGUAGCUUAAGCGAAAUCGGGGGCGGGAACUGGAGGUCCGCAGACUUCCGGGCAGGAGUGUCCGCGCCGCGCGCAGCCAAGCCGGCGCGCGGAGGAGUGCGCGUGCGCGCUAGGCUCACUUCCGGUGCUCGGACUUCAACUCCCAGGGUGCACCGGGCGGCGAGCCUGUUCAAACCGACCAAUCGGCGGCCCGCUCCGCCCGGCGCUGCAUUUAAACCCUCGGCGGGGCGGCUUCGUUUUCCGCGGCCGGCGAGGGUGAAGCGAGGGCCAGGCGAGGGCGAGGUCCGUGGGCCGGUGACCCUGUUCACCGCCGCCCUUUCUCCGCAGGCUCCUCCCGGGAAGCCGAGAUGGACGCGGUCGGGGAGAAAGGUGAGCGCAGCCCGGCGGUUCCGGGCGCUGGGGGGCCGGCGGGUCGCGCCCCGGCAGCUGCCCGUGAAGCAGCGGCCUCGCCCGCCUAGGACCCCGCCGGKCCCGCAGCGCAGACGACACUCAGGYUGGUGUAGAGGAAAGUGCCCUCACGUGACCCCACUGCUGGCAGUUUCCCUGUGUGACUCAUCUGACCCUCGGUCCACCAUCCUAGUGCCAUCUGUGCUACAGGUUGAGAAAUUAGAGCUAGGUGGAGGAGAACUGCCUGUUGGCAAGGACCCUCGUGUGGUGGCUUCCCAGCUGGUCAUUCUGACUCUUGUGCACUCUUCUCUGGUCGUAGGAGGCUCCACAGACAGCAGGACGCCGAGGUCCUCCCAGGUACAGCGGCUGCAGUCAUGCAUCUCUACUGGCAGGGCCAUUGCUCACAGCACUCCUGCGAGACGCUCAUCAGGGCCAACUUCACAAAGCCUGUUGAGCAGCAGAGGGACGCCCACGAGUGCGCGACGGGUGUCAGCACUGCCCACACCUGGCGGCUGGCGCCUCUCUGGCCUUCCUCUGAUGACUCCCAARACCUUGCCCCGAGCUCUGGCUUCCCCGCUCUGUGCACCUGCUCAGAGACUCUCUUCUGAGCCUCAGAGGAGAUCUGCAGUGAGGACUGAGCCGAGGGGAGCGAGCAGCGGCAGGGCUGGUGGCAGGCUGGCUGGCCUGUCACCCAGUGGCAGCCCCUCUCCUCCACCCUCUGUGCCUCAGGCACUUCAUUUUUCUCCGGAGAAGAAUGAGUCUCCUUUCUCAGGAGACUUCACAGGAGCAGCACAGGUUGAGGCCAAGCCGGGGGAAGACACCUGCCCUGGGGAGGCUCUUCUGAUAGACAUCGGGCUGGGUCAACUCACCAUCACUCCUCAAGUGGGAAGCAGGCCCCCGGCAGACCUCCCUCUCAUCGACUUCUGCAGCCCUCCUGAAGCAGAUGUGGCUUUGGGAUCUGCAAGCAGACCCCUGAUCGACCUCACCACGAACACUCCAGAUGUGAACAGAAACUGUGUGUCAAAAAACAGUGUGUCAAAACCUUUGCAGGCCGAGGGACAGCUGAUCGACCUGGGCUCCCCUCUGGUCCAGCUGAGCCCUGAGGCUGACAAGGAGAAUGUGGACUCACCGCUUCUCAAGUUCUGAUACAGCAAGGUCCUUGCCUUUAGUCUUUGUUGAAAGAACAGUCGUGAAGUGGCUUUUGAAACCAGUUUUAGAAGAAAUUGCAUUUGACUUAAGACAAUUUUUUUAAAACCCAAAGUACACUCACUGCAGCGGGCAGGGUAAGGGGCCAGGGCUGUGGACUGUGGCCUGGGUCUCUUCCACAGCUCCCUCCUCCCUGUUCCCACUAGACUAUGGUAUAACAUCUGAAUUAAGGAUUUUUAUUGAACUUUUUUUGUAAAAUAGCAAGCCACUAUUUUAAAAGUCAAAAGUUUGUAUGAAAAAUUAUAUGUA